UCGGUGCUGCUAGUUCGUGGAGUGUAAGUCUGCAGGACGUUGUGCAACUCCAAAACGUCAUUGGCUUAACUCAACGUCAGCAUUCUUUUUCUUGCCCUUUUCGGACAAAAAGAACCCUUCCUAAAACCGGACCGAAGAAAUUUGACCAUGCCGAAUGGGUUGCAAAUAGACGGAACAUCGACCACCGGCCCGGACGAUGACUUGACGGGAUACUUUGUCUGACUUGCCUGUGCCGUUGCCGUUGCCGGGAGGCUGGUUACGCAAGUCCCGGAGAUGGUGAUGAUCGGCCCCUCCUGACCCUGAUGGUUCACGUACCUAUCACACCCCCUCUCCUCCGCUAAUCUGGCAAAUCUUGGAGUUCGCAACUUCGCAUGCACGUUUGUUGCGACGGUGGCUUUUUCUUAGCGCGGGCUUUCUUGGUUCAUCACUAUUACCCUUCGUCACAUCGCGAGCAAACUACCGCUAAAGUAGUGAAUCCGGGGACUUGCCUGCUACAUUCAAAUUGUUGCUUCUGGGAUGAUGGUUGGGCUCUUGAGCACUGUGACGACUACCAAGGACGAUCCCAGGUGUGAAGAAUAGGCUCCGGCUCCAAGGAAAUUGGUUUACUGUCUUUCUAUCUAUAUCGUUUAAUCAAUCGCAGAGCAGCUCCGGCCACCACGGG